AGUAAUUUGACCAAUUAGAGCAAUCCUUAAAUCCGAAUUUUUUUAACGCAGUUUGCAAAAAAUCGAGAAAUUUUAUAUAAAUUUUAAAAAAUCGUUAAGGUCUUAAGGGAUGUUUGUCCGAACACAGUCGAAGGCCCUAUCGAUGGGCUUAAUCUUCUGCAAAAAUAAAAAGAAAAUUGCAAUAUAUAAAGGGGUUGAAAAAAAAUGAGUUUGCAUUGCGUGAAUAAGAGAACAAAAAAAUGCAGAAAUUAAAUGCAUUUAAGUUUUAAUUUGCAAUAGAAACACAUUAGAAUGGUCGGGAAAUGUUCUACAAAUGUGAUAUGCAAGUCAGCGUAACAGCUUAUUGAUGUUUUUAUAAUGAUUUACGAUUAUUUUGAUAAUUUUCCGGGUGUGAACUUGGCUGUAGAAAACGAGAAUGGUGGGGAAAUGGUGCUAGCUCCAUGCGCGCAGCGAUUGUCUGGUCGAAUGUAAUGUUCAUGGUGCUAGCACAAUUUUUGGUGCUGUCUUCACCAAUAUCAAAUUAUGAAUGUUUACCAAUACGAUGCCCAGCUGGCAAUGGCUUUUCAAGCCGAUUGUGAGAAUUUUUUACAAAAAUUCAAACAAUACCAAAAUUGCAGCUUCACAUCGUUUGCAAAUUUGUGGAAAAGUGAAUGUUUUUUGUCGAUUUUUAAGGACCAACAAUACAUAUUAAUGCUUCAAGCGUUUAUUGAGAACUGUUUUUUCAUAAUAAAAAAAUUUCUGUUCUCGUCCGACGCCUACAUCCAAGCAGGCGCCGUUUAUUUGCUCUACGCUUUAUAUUACAAGCAACCAAUCAAGAAUUGGGUGAAAAUCAGGCUAACACAGACUGAAUUUGACAAGUUGUGCGAAAUUUGUGAAAUACAUAGAGCCAACAAGUCGCUAGAUUUGGUUUUUAUUUAUAAUAAGAUGCGAAUGGAUGAAGUUUUCGAUUAUUGCGCACUUGCCCAACCUUUGGGACUCGAAGCUCGGUUUAUGCGACGUUACGACUUGUCAAAUAGUGACAUAAACGUAAAAACAUCGCAUGAUAGUUGUGUGAAAAAAUUCAAAAGUUUGGUCGAAGAAGACGAAGAUUUGGCCGAGUUUAGAAAAACCGACGACGAAUAUCAACAACUGGCCCGAAAAUAUAUGGAAAAGUGCGGGAAACUGUUCAUUUUUCCGAGCAAAUUGGACGAGGAGUUGAAUCAAAUUUAUAACGAAGUGUGCGUUGAUGAUUUGAAUCAAAGUGGCGGGGAUGAGGUUAAAAACCGGGCGAUGAGUAACACAAACGCCACCUAUCGGGGCGAUAGGAAGGUUUUGACAGCUCAGGAUUUGGACACGCCUUCUACAUCAAAAAUAAUAUAUUGAAACAUCACAAUACUGAACUAUAAUAAAAUAUUUUUAAAUAUUUAAUAACAUAAAA